UAGGGUUUGUGUGGGAAGUUUGAACAGCCUAGCUUCCACUUCCCAUACUCGGUGUGGCGGCAAAGAGAGAGAGAGAGAGAGCGUCUAGAGAGAGAGAGAGACUGCAACUUCAAGCGCGUGCGGGCUUAGGGUUUACUGCAAAAGAACGCCGACCAGACCAGACUUCUCCCCUUUUCUCUCACUCUCCGAUUUUCCCUCUCCUGCUCGUUUAAUCUAUGAUAUUUACACUGUUCGGUAUCAUUGGGAGCAUUAGUAUUACUUUUUUGUAGAGACACCAUGGGAGUGGAAUUAGCAGCUGGGAAGGCAGGACUAACCGAAAUGGAGGAUGUUAAUUUCACUGAUUUGGAGGUGGUACGUUUCGUUCGCGAUGCCCUAACAUCAUUCACCAUGGGUGACCGCGAAAAUUAUGAACAACUAAUUGGGGUUAUCCAUCACACAAAAAAUCUUGCCCCAGAUGAGGUGGCACUACUUGUGACAAGUCUAAAGGCAUUGUCAGGAGCAGUUUCUUGUUUUGAUAAUGUUCACCAUGAGCUUCUUUCUGCUAUAUUUGGAAUGAGCAUGUGGCACUAUAGUCCUGAUGUGAUGGAUGCAUUGGUCGAGCUAAUAAUAGCCUUGGCUGCUGCAAGUGGAAAAUAUAUUGAUUCUUGCUUGGACAUGCUUGUAAGGAAUUUUAUGCCUCCAUAUAAUUUCUUAGAGUUACUGAAGCAGCCACGCGGUCUUGCAAAGAAGGACCAUGUUCUUGAUCGUGUGCAUUCUGCGCUGGAAGACAUUGCUGAUUUGAUUCCUCUUGCACCGCUGAGAUUAAAGCGAAUUGUUUGCGAUAAAAUGCCACACAGCUCUAAUAAGGAACCUAUGAUCGUGAUAUAUGCAGAAAACAUGUUAAGAUUGGAGAGGAGUGUUAUGGGAGAACUUGUUGGGGACAUGAUGCUUGCAGCCGUGGUGGAUAAGCUGAUAGAUUUGGAUGUGGAGAUAGAAUGGGAGGAUAUUUUACAGGAUGAUUCUGGUAAAGGCAUAUUUGAAAUGGAGCUAGAAGGUGUGGAAGAGACUUUAGAUGAUGCUGAUCAAGAGGGUGAGCAGCUUCCAAGAGAAUAUUCAAGUGGGAGGAGUUUUCGGGGGAAUGCAUCUGCGGAAAAAUUAGAUAGCAUGUUGGUGCUUAUGUUUGAGCAUCUCAAAACUUGUGCUAAAGAUGGUCAUUUGGCUAAAGUAUUUGAAACUUUACUCGAGUCCUUUCAGAUUACUGUCUUGAGUGCGUACAAGUCAAAGUUUUCUCAGUUUGUAAUGUUCUAUGCCUGUUCACUGGAUCCUGAAAAUUGUGGUACGAGAUUCGCGGAUAUUCUGGCAGGCAUUUUUCUAAGCAGUUCCUAUCCCCCUUUUAAGAGGAUGAGUGCUGUUGCUUAUCUUGCUAGUUAUUUGUCCCGUGCAAAAUUUCUAUCAGUCUCUUUUGUUGUUAAGAUGGUGCAAAGGCUAGUUGGUUGGUGUUGGAAUUAUUGUGAAAAUCAGGAUGGUACUAUCAACCCAGAAGCUCACAGAGUUUUCUAUUCUGGAUGCCAGGCCAUCAUGUACGUGUUAUGCUUCCGUAUGAGAUCAGCAAUGGAUGUUCCUCGUCUAAAGUCUCAACUUUUCCUUAUGCCAAUAGAGGCAAUCUUGAAACAUCCAUUGAACUCGUUGAAGGUUUGCCUACCGUCUAUAGUGGGGGAAUUUCUCCGGCAGGCAAAAGCAGCUCGCCUGUUCAUGGUGUCGGAGACCUUUGUCUUUAACGAUCUGUUGGAAUCAGAACUUUCCAGAGCGUUUGGUGGAAUGGAAAGGCUCGACAUGUUCUUCCCGUUUGAUCCAUGUUUGCUAAAAAAAUCUGACAGGUUCAUCCGUCCAAACUUUGUAUUUUGGUCAAUGGUUAGAACUACUUACGAUAACGAUGACGAAGAAGGUAGCAGUGACGAGGAUGUUUUUGAGGAUUUUACAGGUGGGAGUGGGGAGAAUGUUGUUGAUGAUGCAAUGGCCGCGAGUUACGAGGAUCAUGAUAUCGAUCUUGACGAGUUUGACUAUUCAAUGAACAAAAUGUCCAUCACCCCCAAGAAUUCGUUGAAGUAUCGGUUUGGAGGUGAAUUACGAGGCGGUGCUAUGCAAAUGCCCUCGAGAAUCAGACCGUCCAUGAGUCCAGAAUCCUUGUGAUGCACAAAUGGCUUUUUACCUUCGUAGCAGAAGGACCCAAGGAAAUGGUCCAUCAAUUUGCCGACGAAUUCCUCAUCUCUUGAGAGAUACAAGAUGCUGGGCAGGUGUAAAACUAGUGUGUGCUGGAGUUUCUCCUGCGUAAUCUGUAAUUUCAACUUCGAAAUCAUCUAAAUGUUUUUGCCCCCUUUUGUUUUUCCAGUUAUAUAUAGGUAAACUAAGCUCAAGAAAUGUAAUCUCUGUUGGAGAAUUGUGAGUUCAAUGCUUGUAUAAUUAUUAUUCAUUGGUUAUCGGAUGUGGAGGCACCAGAUUUCCCUUC